CCUUGCCUCGCCAGUGGCGGAGCAGAGCGAGCGCUCGCCUCAGGAGGUCUCGGGCUCCUCCGAGUCGAAGGGCCAGGACCAGGACCGUCCCCAGGGCCAUCCCCAGCAGGAAUCGAGUGAGCCGGUCCAGCACCAGCAGGAACUGAGUGACCACGAGCAGCACCAGCAGAACAUGGCGCCCUGGACGCUGUGGCGCGGCUGCCAGCGUGUGGUAGGCUGGGUGCCGGUGCUCUUCAUCUUCUUCGUGGUGGUCUGGUCGUACUACGCGUACGUGGUGAAGCUGUGCGUGUAUACCAUUUCUAAAGAUGAAACUGGAAAGACCGUUGUUUACCUUGUGGCUUUCCAUCUGUUCUUUGUUAUGUUUGUAUGGUCCUAUGGGAUGACAAUAUUCACAACUCCCGCUACCCCCUCCAAAGAGUUCCAUUUGUCCAAUUCUGAAAAGGAACGUUAUGAAAAGGAAUUCAGCCAAGAAAGACAACAAGAAAUUUUGAGAAGAGUAGCAAGAGAUUUACCUAUCUAUACCACGUCAGCUUCAAAAGCUAUCCGAUACUGUGAAAAAUGUCAGUUGAUUAAACCUGAUCGGGCGCAUCACUGCUCUGCGUGUGACACAUGUAUUCUUAAAAUGGAUCAUCACUGCCCGUGGGUGAAUAACUGUGUGGGAUUUUCUAAUUACAAAUUUUUCCUGCUGUUUUUGUUGUAUUCCCUAUUAUAUUGCCUUUUCGUGGCAACAACAGUUUUAGAAUACUUUAUAAAAUUUUGGACGAAUGAGCUGGCAGAUCCACAUGUGAAAUUCCAUGUACUUUUCCUGUUCUUUGUGUCUGCAAUGUUCUUCAUCAGCAUCCUCUCACUCUUCAGCUACCACUGCUGGCUAGUUGGAAAAAAUAGGACAACAAUAGAAUCAUUCCGUUCACCUACAUUUUCAUAUGGAACUGAUGGAAAUGGUUUCUCUCUUGGAUAUGGUAAAAAUUGGAGACAAGUAUUUGGUGAUGAAAAGAAAUAUUGGCUACUUCCAGUAUUUUCAAGUUUGGGUGAUGGUUGCAGUUUUCCAACUCGCCUUGUAGGGAUGGAUCCAGAACAAGCUUCUGUUCCAAACCAAAGUAUUGGCUCAAAUCAACCUUUUCCUACCAAACCACUCAGUGAGUCAAAGAACCGUUUGUUGGACAGUGAAUCUCAGUGGCCAGAAAAUGGAGCUGAAGAAGGUGUCGCUAGAGCAGGGACAAAUAACCAUGUUACAGUGGCAAUAGAAAAUUGAGUACCACUUGUUCAUAACUAACCAUUUGAUAAUUUCAAGAAAGUGACCAACAGAACGGAAUAAUGCAAGUAUAACAGAAGAUAUAUAUUUUUUAAUAAAAGGAAGCCUUUAUGCAGUUUGCUGGAUCCACAGAAGCACUACGGAGCAGAAAGAUGCCUUAAUUCAAGAGUUCACUUGUGCAACAUUGACUCGCAGCUCAAAAGUGACUUACUUUUACUUUGGAAAUAACAUGUACCUGUCAUGAGAUGCUAUGAUAUGAGCUGUUGUCACAUAUCAACAUGGCAUAUGUAUUUUCUUGAUACCUGACUUAGAAUACUAGAGUUCUUAGUAGCCAUAUAAAUUGUCCUUCAAAAAACACAAGCUAAAAACUUAAGUACAUCUAGGCCAGUUGGCAGCUGAAAGCAAAUAAUAUCCUAAUUACUCUUGCUUGUACUGUGUAAGGGAAAAGAAAAUAACUGCUUUUUUAAAUUGGGUGUUUGCUAAUUUAUAAUUACUGUUUUAUACUUUUCAACAUUUUUAAUACAGUUUUUUAUUGUUGGCUAUAAAAAUAACACUCAGAAGGA